AUGAAAGUCUCUUCCAUGGCUAUGAAAGUCUCUUCCAUGGCUAUGACUAAGAACAAAGACUUUCUCAGUUAGAGACAAUCCUACAUGUGUCUGUUGAUAACAUCUUUCACCCAUACCUCCCUUGGCUAAAUAAGAGAAAAUGAAAACACAAACAUUCUACAUGCAUGGGGGAGCUACUCAAGUUUUAAACUGAUGGAAUACUAAGGAGGUGUUAUUGAUUUUUUUAAGGAUUGUGAUAUUUUGAUAGGAAAAGGAAAUUUACCAUAUCUCCUCUUCCAUCACUGAAUCCAAGUAUAUUUGGACAACCCCCCCCCCCCACUCCUCAGUGAUAGACUACUGGUAAUGCCUAAUUCUGAGCACCCAUGAAGGUAGGUAUUAAAGAGAUAAUUUGGUUUAUAAUGUAAAUAAACCAUUGUGAGGAGCUUCUACAGCUGUAGUGUCAAGCAUUAGCCCUUCAUCAGUCUCAUAAAGAUUUUAUAGGCUCUAAAGUUUUCAAAAUGAGGUGUUUAACUGACUUUGAUGCUGCGUUUAUUUCAGAUGUUUGAUGACAUGACAGGACUCUUUGCGGGUCAACAUGUCACCCUAGUGAGGUUUCGGGAACCUGAAGACGCAGUCAGGGUGGGAAGCGGAAUUGCUCAGGAUCUCAAGAUGGCGGACGGAGCAACACAAGAAGAGGCGUUUGAAGAAUGGCUUAGCUCUCGUAUGAAACAGUUAGGCCUAGAUGAAGACGUAUUUGGAAGCUAUAUCACAGGAGUACUAGAUUCUGAGGAUACGGACGAAGAUCGCAAAGACGCACUCAAGGGUAUUUUAGACGGAAUGACGGUAAGAAAUACUCAGUGAGGUGCGUGAGGCACGUGUAUGGGGAACUUCAACCAUCAAUUUAGCCCGACCUUAUUGGUAUCUAUCAUCUUACGGGAAUCUUUGUUUUAAAUUGGAGAUUAUGUAGCUGCCAUUCUUGGGUACGGCGAGAUCUUUCUGUUGUUUUUCAAAAUUCUUGUGACUAUUUAAUAGAUUUCCAGCUUUGUGAAAACAUUUUGAAAUUGCAGCAAUAUCCUCUGAACGACCUCUGCAAUGAAGUCAUUGAAAGAUGGAGAACAUCAAGGGCAGAAGUGUUACAGGAAAAGGAACUCGAGAAAGGUACUAAUGAAAAACAACCAGGCAAUCAUUUUGGCAAACAAGUGGAGUAACUUCGAAAUAUGAAUUAAUAAUAAUCAACAUGAAAUGACUGUUCCUUAGGAAAACAAUUAAUUUUGUUUGAGAUUUAAAAGACCAUCCACUAGUCGAUUUCUUAUGUAUUAACAAAAAGACUGCAAAAGAUGAACAAAGAUGAAAGUGAAGACAAAUCAAUAACUUCUUCGAAGUAACUGUCACACAGAUCAUCAUAAGCUUAUAACUCUAAAAUAGAUCAGAUAAAUAUUUUGUUCAAAGUAACUGACCCACAAAAAUUGCUGCAAUAUUAGCCAGCCAAAGGGUUCAAGCGAAGAAAGUGGUGGAGUAGUUUCUACAUUACUGAGGGAUUGUCCCCUAUCAUUCACUUCCUCACUUACUCUUUGAUUGUUUUGAACAAGCAAUCUGACAUCCUCUAUGUUUUAAUGAAAAUGCAGUAAUUGAAUUUUGAUGAUCUUACAUAACUGCUAUUCAAUUGAUAAAAUCUUGAACGAGGUACAUGUUGUUUGUCAAUGAGGUACAUGAAGUUUGGAUGUAAAAUCUUAUUUACACUUCAUCUACAAACAGAACAGAAAGCAACAGCAAAACAGAACAGACUUGCUGAAAUAAUGGAGAAACAAGCCUCAACAGUGUCUUCAAGAAAAUCCACCCAGGCUGAUGCUGACAGGGAAGUUAAGAAGCUCUUGCUUGCUCAGUAUGGACAUGAAUCAGAUGAAGACUACUGAUAUCCUUUUUGUUUCUGUUUUAACAUGUGUGAGAUGUACAUCAUGUUUCUUCUAAUCAAUGUAUGCUUGAAUGUCACUUUUAUCAGAGAAAAUGGUGGAAAAGGAAGGCCUCAAAUCAUGCUUUCAGGAAAUAUGAUCCAAUGGUUUGUGAAAAUUUGCCAGUCAAAGAAUUUUUGAUUAAAAAUGGAGUAUUGAUUUAUAGUUAUUCAAGCUUGCAUUAAGAGGUUAUGUCAUUAUAGUGCUAUGAAAUACUAAACAUCUCAGUCAGGUAUGAACCAUGUCACUAUAGUCCUUUCUGAUGUUUUAUUUGCAGUUGGCCCUUCUGUAUCUCUUAUUUCCGUAUUGUAUUUGACAUGUUUUUCACACUAUUCAUUUUUUUCUAUUAUGCUAAUAUGUUUAAGAAUUUGAUCAAAGAAACUUCAUGUUGUUCACUAAUAUUUGGCUCUUGAAAUUUAUAAUGGAACUAACUAAUUAUUUGCAGUGAAAAUUUUUGCCCAGAGUAUUGAUAGUAAAAUUAAACGAUAUAAAAUUAUUAUUUGUUGGAUGUUACUCAUUAGACAUCCUUAACCUUUUACCACUACUGAGAGUGAUGAUGAACAAGCUUCAUGUUCUUCUGCUGAGAAGGAUUUAGGUUUGUAUCAACAGCUCUUUGAUUCUCAAACACUGAUAAUUUACAUUUUUUAUCUUUAAAUCUGGUGGAGUAAUCUGGAGCCAAGGGAUGGAUUUUAAAAGUUAUAUUGCUGGAUUAGUGAGAUACACUUUUUCUAUUUCUAUCAACUUCUAGAUAAUUGGCAUGGUUAGAUUCAUCUCCAUACAUGGAUGAACAAAAUUUGUUUCUGUUUUUGCUUCUUUUAAAAAUCCUCCUUUACCUAAUAUCCUCUCUGUUUUACUAUGGUAUAUUUGGGUUAAACCAUAAGUUUGUGGACUCCAAUUAUGUCUUUGCUUGCCUUUGUGUUAAUAAUUUAAGACUAAGUUGGAUGUUGAUCACUUCUGACUGUCAAGGUAUUAAUUUAUUAUUCACUAAGAGCACCUGAGUUUGUAAAGACAGCAAGGGUCAACUUGCCCACCAGCUGGGCAUCAGUGAUCAAAUAACUGAUGAAGAACAUGUUUAAAGAUUUAAAAAUGUCAUUGCACAUGAGUAUUAUAGAGCAAUAUUUGAACAGUGCCUUGCAACUUCUCUAAAUUAACAGGAAUGGUAAAAAAUAUGAAUGCACAAUCUGUAGCAGAUAAAGAGAAAGACAAGAGAGAUAAGAUGAAGGAAGAAAGUGAACAGAGAAAACAACAGAUAAAAGAAGCAAAGGAGAAGCAAAAACAAAAAGCAGAUGAGAGGAAAGAAAAGGAAAGGAAAAGAACUCAGAAAGGAGAAAGACGAACCAGAUGACACAUAAUGGUACAAGAAUAAUGAAAAAACUUUUUUUGCAGAGUUCUUGUGUCGAGAUGGAUACAGAUAAAGCACAGCUUUUUGUUCUUUAAAAAAUUUUUUUUCCACUUCAAAUUGUGUGAAAAGUUUAAUUUGUUAAUGCCAAUUUGCUUUUGGUUGGGGUUUAUGAGAGGAGAAGACUAUUCACUUUUCAGCUUUUUUCUAUUUAUAUCAAAAGUUGUAAUUUAUUAUUCACAGAUUAGAAGGAAAAGGCAAAUUAAUGUUAUAAAAAGGGAUGAUGUAGGCAAAGUAAUGACACUGUAAAACAUGAAGAAAAAGAGAUAUUAAAGAUAUUUUUUCUUAUUCAAUAAGUGGACCAUAACUAGUUUGAGGAUGGUUUAAUAAUUGAUGCAGACUGCAAGCAUGUGUUAUUUUACUCCCUUUUCUUAGGAGACUCAAUGCAAAAUAUAAAAAUUACCUUUCGCUGG